CUCUCUCUCUCUCUCUCUCUCUCUCUGUGACGACUGGAGAGUACUACAAAGUCCAGACUCUUCACGCGUUUCCUCUCCCUUGCUGCGUCUUCCUUCUCCUCGAAGCAUUCAAACUAUAUAUUCACACAGUUCAAUUCCAUAUCUUCAUUUACUUGUACCUAUAUCGAUGGAUUCACUGAUAUAAAUAUAAACUCCGGGUAUCACUUCCUCGGCGGCGGCAAUCACCAAUCACCCAAUCGCCCUUUUUUUGCAGCCGAUCGUGCUCUCCAGCUCCGAUCAUAAAGGAGAAGUGGAAAGAUUGGAUUAGGGAACAGAGAGCAGGAAAUUAAAGGAGAAAAUCAACUUGUUUUUGUCAAGAUUCUGUAAGUAGUUUCAAUGGCAGCAAGCACCUUCAGGAAGGCAAUUGGAGUGGUGAAGGAUCAAACCAGUAUAAGUCUAGCUAAGGUGGCCGGAAAUGUAGCACCGGAGCUUGAAGUUUUGGUGGUUAAGGCAACAAGCCAUGAUAAUGAGCCUGCUGAUGAGAAAUAUGUGAGGGAGAUUUUGAAUUUGACCUCUUACACAAGAGGUUAUGUCACUGCUUGUGUUUCUCUGAUCUCGAAGAGAUUGAGCAAGACGCAUGAUUGGAUUGUGGCAUUGAAGUCCUUGAUGCUUGUGCAUAGGCUAUCGAAUGAUGGGGAUCCUGCUUUCGGGCAGGAGAUCAUAUAUGCGAGCCGAAGAGGGAUGAGGGUUUUGAAUAUGUCGGAUUUUCGUGAUGAGGCUCACUCGAAUUCGUGGGAUCAUUCUGGGUUUGUUAAGAGUUAUGCGUUGUAUUUGGAUCAGAAGUUUGAGAUUUUAGUGUACGAGAGGAAAUUGAAUGGUGCGGACGAGAGGAGGAUGGUUGAGAGCGGUUAUGGAGAGUUUAGGGAUGGACCUGGUUAUGGAACAGGCGGUAGAUCAUGGUCUAAUGGUGACGUUGAUGAACGUGAUGGAAAAGGAGAAAAGCGCGUUGUCACACCGGUCAGGGAAAUGAAGCCUGAAAGGGUCUUGGAGAGGUUGAAUCAAUUGCUUCAGAUUCUUAACCAAUUCUUGGCUUGUAGACCGACUGGGGCAGCAAAGAACAGUAGAUUGGUGCUCGUGGCGCUAUAUUGUAUUGUAAAGGACAGUUUUAAGCUUUAUACCGAUAUAUGCGAGGCUUUAGGAAUUUUGUUGGAUCAAUUUAAAGAGUUGGAGUAUACUGAGUGUGUCAAGGCGUUUGAUGCUUAUGUUAAUGCUGCAAAACUGAUUGAUGAACUAGCGAGUUUCUAUAACUGGUGCAACGACAUUGGGAUUGCAAGGUCAUCUGAAUUCCCGGAAGUGCAAAAGAUCACCGAUAAGCUUUUGGGAACUCUUGAAGGGUUUCUGAGGGAAAGGGCAAAUAAGCCGAGGAGCUCUGAGGUAAGCAGGGCGGCAAGCUCAGUGCAAUUCAAAGAGGAGGAAGCGCCUAAUAUGAAUGAAAUCAGAGCACUCCCGCCACCAGAGAACUACACCCCUGCUCCUCCGCCUCGUGCUGAACCCCAAGUUAUGCCACCGACUCGUAAGGUAGCUGAAGACUUGGUGAAUUUGAAGGAUGAUGGAAUCACAGCUGACAGUCAAGGCAACAAAAUGGCAUUGGCUUUGUUUUCGGGACCUGUUGUGACCAAAACAAAUGGAUCUUGGGAAGAGUUCCCGACAGAUGGAGAUACCGAAGUAACUUCAGCAUGGCAGACUCCAGCGGCCGAGGUUGGCAAAGCUAAUUGGGAGCUAGCACUGGCUGAAUCAUCGAGCAAUCUGUCAAAACAAAAGGCUGACUUAGCAGGCGGUUUUGACCCACUGUUGCUAAAUGGAAUGUACGAUCAAGGGGCUGUGAGGCAGCACGUGAGCAAUACUCAGCUGAGCGGUGGGAGUGCUAGCAGUGUGGCAUUGCCCGGGACUGGCAAGACUUCAACACCACUGCUAGCAUUGCCUGCCCCCGAUGGGACAGUCCAACCCGUAGGACCACAGGACCCAUUCGCAGCAUCUCUUUCAGUCCCUCCUCCCUCGUAUGUUCAAAUGGCGGAUUUGGAGAAGAAGCAACACCUGCUUACGCAGGAACAGCAGCUGUGGCAGCAAUAUGCCAGCAACGGGAUGCAAGGCCAAAUCGGAUUAACGAAGCUCGCUGGCAAUGCGGGCUACUAUGGUGCUGGUAUGCACCCAACAAUGCCUUAUGGGAUGCCCCAAUACACCGGCCUGGAACAACCCGCAUACUACUUCACUCCUCUAUAAGUAUCCCUUUAUACUUAUUUUGAAACACUUGCCCUAAUUUACAGUAGUGUAGCAGUUCAUUAUAUACUCUGCUGCAAUGCAUGCUCCCUUCCUUCCCCGGAUUUAAUCGGGACUAUAUCUACAAGUUAUCACUAUAACAUUUUGCAGAACGCGAUGAGAAAUAUAAAGAUCAUCAUAUUUUAAAA